UUUCAAGCUGUCAGUUACUACGGCUGUGUAAACCCUUUUUCUUCUAAUAUCAACAAGUAUUCCUCUGGUACUGGUAGUGCAGAGGUUAUUUGCUUUUAAUUUCCACCUCCGGUUCCCAUCACGGUUGCUACCUCCGGUUCCCCCUCAAGGUUGCUACCUCCGGUCCCCCCUCAAGGUUUCGCCCGACGACGUUUCUACCUUCGGCGCUCAUCUCCGACGAUGUUCAUCAAAAUUCGCAAUUCCAAUCUACCUAGUAAACCGUUUCAAUUUACAGGUAUGUGAUCUGUCUUGUGUGAGUGAAAUCAAGGCGCUCACUGCCAAAUGUUCUUCAAAGGGUGCUCCUCUUCAUGUUUUGGUAAGCUUGAUUCUUAGGUAAAUUAUGAUUUAUCUAUGUGUUCAAAAUCAUACUUUAUUUGGUGUUACUUGCAUUACAACCAUUUCCUUUUACUACCUAUGACUUUACUAAAUGUUACUUGUCUGAUCUGCAUAACUGCUAUAGCCUAUAGGUCAAUAAUGUUGGCAGUCUUGAGACUAACCGUGUCACAACUUCUGAAGGCUUCGAGCUGAAUUUUUCUGUAAACGUGCUGGGAACUUAUAUCAUCACAGAGUCCAUGUUACCCCUAUUAGAGAAGGCUGCACUUGAUGCGCGAGUGAUUACAGUUUCUUCUGGUGGAAUGUACACUGCUCCUUUGACAAAUGAUUUGCAGUACGCUCGAAACAAGAGAGUGCAGGUUGCAUUAAUAGAAAAAUGGGCUGAAAUGUACAAGGAUAAGGGAAUUGGAUUCUAUGCUAUGUAUCCAGGUUGGGCUGAGACACCCGGAGUUGCGAAAAGUUCGCCAGAAUUUUCAGAAAGGUUUUCUGGGAAAUUUCGAACUUGGGGAGAAGGCGCGGACACCAUAAUAUGGUUGGCUUUACAACCAAAAGAAAAGUUGGUCUCUGGUGGAUUUUACUUUGACAGAGCUGAAGCACCCAAGCACCCGCCAUUUGCAUCAACACGAAGCACAAAUGAUGAAUGAGUUCUAACUUUUCGCCUAAUUUUUUUAAACUUUAAUCCACUUUUGGACAUACAAUAUAUUUUUGGAUUUGGAUAUUGAUAUCGUGGAUGUGGCUAUAGGAUGAAUUUGAUCUUGUUUAUGAUUUAGAUGAAUAUUGAUAUGUAUAUAUAGUAGUUAUUUUAGAAGUUUAGAUUUAUGAUUAUUAGUUGAAUUAUUUUGUGAUAUAAAGAAUUUUGGAAGUUUGGAAUAUCAAUUCAAUUUAUUGGUUGUAAGAUCUUA